UCCUAUGUUCCCACACUGCAGGUAUAAAAGUAACAGCUACCACUGACAGGAAUACACAGAAGCCACAGCUCAGUCCUGAGGAACCACCAGAAGACCGUGACCAUGGGCAGAAUCAUCUUCUACGAGGACAGGAACUUCCAGGGCCGCUCCUAUGAGUGCAUGAGCGACUGCUCUGACAUGUCCUCCUACCUGAGCAGGUGUCACUCCUGCAGGGUGGAGAGCGGCUGCUUCAUGGUCUACGACCGCCCCAACUACAUGGGAAACCAGUAUUUCAUGAGGAGGGGCGAGUACGCUGACUACAUGAGCAUGAUGGGCAUGAGCGGUGGUAUCAGAUCUUGCCGUAUGAUCCCCAUGUACAGAGGCCAGUUCAGGAUGAGGAUCUAUGAGAGGGAGAACUUCGGUGGUCAGAUGUACGAGCUGAUGGACGACUGCGACAGCAUCAUGGACCGCUACCGCAUGUCCGACUGCAUGUCCUGCAACGUGAUGGAUGGCCACUGGCUGAUGUACGAGCAAGCCCACUACAGAGGCAGGAUGAUGUACCUGAGGCCCGGAGAGUACAGGAGCUUCAGGGAGAUGGGAAUGAGCGGGAUGAGGUUCAUGAGCAUGAGGCGCAUCAUGGACAUGUGCUAAUUUUACAUUUUGACUUCAAUAAAUGAUAUAAAUUUCUAAA